AGGGGGUGGGUGGGACGAACAGGGACAGGUGCCUGAAUCCACUGAGCCUGACUCCAACAGAGUCAGGGUGACCCUGUUUCCCGGCAUCCUCGCCAGAUCAGCCUAAAUUCAUAAGUGACCCUCUCCGGUCAGAUUUCAACACUGCAAAAACUUCUAAAACCUGUACCGGCCUUCAAGGCGCAUGGCACACUAACCUCCACGGACUCAAACCAGAUCUUUCCCUACAGGCAAGCCAUCUCCUUGACUCCAGCUAAGUAGAAUCUUUGUUCUUUGGACAUGCUUCUAGCUUAAUAAGCCUUUGUUCUUGCUAUUCUGCUGUGUUAUUCACUGACCUCCAACUCUAACACCCUUCAAUGCCCUUCUCAAAUGCCAUCUUCAAGAAAUUCCUUGGGGGGGGAUAAAUUGGGAAAUUGAGAUUGACAUGUAUACACUACUAUAUAUAAAAUAGAUAACUAAUAAGGACCUAGUAUAUAGCACAGGGAACUCUACUCAAUACUCUGUAAUGGCCUAUAUGGGAGAAGAAUCUAAAAAAGAGUGGAUAUAUGUAUAUGUGUAACUGAUUCACUGUACACCUGAAAUUAACACAACAUUGUAAAUCAACUAUACUCUAAUAAAAAUUAGAAAGAAAGAAAAGAAAGAGAGAGAGGGAGGAAGGAAGGAAGAAAGGAAGAAAGAAAGGAAGAAAGAAAGAAAGAAAAGAAAUGAAAUUCCUCCUGGAGCUCUUCUGCCCUGUGCUGGAAGUCUCCUCUAAACUGCAGCUCUGUGUCCAUCUCUAUAGCCCUGAGCACAAUCUGCCCAGAGGUCUUCUCUGCACCUGUGCCAGCAAAGCCCCUACCUGGUAUCUCUCUUAGAGCAGGUACUUUAUCUUGGUUCACCAAUGUCUCCAAUACCUGGAACAUCUAGAACAAUGCCUGGCACACAUGCGGUGCCCAAUACAUUUUCAUUAAAUGAACGCGUAGGUAGUCUUAAGAAAUGUUUAUUGGAUGAUUAGGGUUCUUCCCCAGUUUUGCCAGACCCCAAACCAGCCCUCAUCAAAUGGGUGGAGCAGGAGACCCAGCUGUGGGGUACAGGUGCUCAGGAUCCCCUGGAGGAGGAAGCCUGAGAGAAAGCCAGAAAGAUGGGAAGUGGAGGUGAUGUCCCAGUGUCAGGUAUAAGGGAAAACGUUUGAGCAAGAAACACCAUCUAUAUGUUCUUUACUGCUGGUGUUACUAAUUUUCGCUGACCUGAAUUUAUGACACCCACUGGAGACUGCAAUCUUGACCUUCUCUUUCUCACUUAAUUGGCUUUGAGGCAUCCAAGUGGUCACAUGAUUAGGUCACACUGUAUGAAUCAUCCAGACCGUAGGUCAGUGGCAGUGUGUGAAUUCAAGUUUAGGAUGGAGGCAGUUCAUCAGUCUUCCAGGUCCCUGGUUCCUAUAACAGCUGCCCUUCUGGUUGAGAGUAUCUCUUCUGGUUGGCCCUGGAGUGGGUGGGAAUGUCCCUGACUUGGGAGCCCUCAACUGGCCAAUACAGUCUAGAAGGGGGCUUCCAGGGCUGGGUACCCAUCUGAAUGCUUCUGUCAUUGUGAAGGUUGAUUCCAUCACCUGAACAUAAGUAGGCCUUGGAGAGUUAACAGGAAAAAAGGUAAGUUUUGAAUCUGCUAUGUUUCCCAACACUCACUCAGAAAAAUGAUACAUUUGGAAGGGGUCAGCAGAAGGAGUCCAUUUGGGAGUUGUCAUGAGGCUCUGCAGUCAGAGACACUGAUGUGGUCUUGGAGCCUGUGGCCAAGGCUCCCUGUAGUCAGGACUUUCCCAGGCCCUCAGUCUGUGCCCAGCUUCAACACCUGGCACUCACACCACACCCUCAUCCCCACCCCAAGUGCAGUCAUGCUUUACCUUUACCUUCAACUUGGCCCAGUGUGCUCUGUUUUGUGUUUUUUUCUUUUUUGACCACACCACGCAGCGUGCAGGAUCCUAGUUCCCCAACCAGGGAUCGAACCCGUACCCCCUGCAGUGGAAGCACAGAGUCCCAACCACUGGACCUCCAGGGAAGUCCCGGCCCAGUGCACUCUGGAGAGGGACCCUUUACUUGCAGCUAGUGCAGUAACUCUCAUGCUACUUGCUGACUCACACAGGCAAGCAGGCCUACAACUGUCCCCACAGUGGGAGGUGCUUCAGCCAGAGGCCACUAGUAGACCCACCAGCUUGGUACCAUGGCCCUCAGGGUCUGACCCAGGGGUGCAGACUCUGCCCAAGGUUCUUCUCCAGGAGAGUCCAGACCCCCCCUGUGAGCUUUCAGCACUACCCAGGGCUCUUCCAGUGUGUGAUAGGGAUGGGCACUGACAGGUGACAAAAAGCCAUCACUCUUAGUGGAAAUUUUCUAAUUUCUUUUGUGUCCUUCAGGGGGCCUGAGAGGCUAAGACAACUUGCUGGGGUUGAGCCCCUGGGCAACUCUGCACCGUUAGUCCUUACCCUCCACGGACCACCCUACAACAAGCCUCUCUCCUUGGCCAGGCUGACCCCUCCCAAGUUUAUGUCUCCCCCUUCCCUCCUGCUGAGAUCAACUCUUUACUUGCCCAGCUCCCCUAGGGAGAAGCAGCCACUGGAUACAGGGUGUCAGGUGGAAGCCUCAGGGGGGCCUUUGGAAGGAGGCAAACAGACAAGAGCUCCAGAGUAGACCCCAGAGCUGCUGAAGAUGUGAAGUGCAUGUUCAUGAAGUGUGUGAAAUGCUGUGACUGAUGUAAGUGGCCAAAGGAAAAAUAUCAAGGCUUCUUAGGGCAGGGUAUUUAUGAAGGCUUGUGGGAAGCACAGACUAGACAGUCAAUAAAUGCGUCCGGUGAGAGAGAGGGUUUGGAGGUAGAAAUGAUGGAGAGAGUUAGUGCCAUUUGCUAAGACAAAGACUCCAGGAGGGGCAGGUUAUGGGAAGAAAGGGAUGAAUUCAGUUUGAGCCACGCAGAGUCCGAGGUGCUUGUGGGCCAUCCAUGCCGGGGCAAGGUGGCAGGUGGCUCUGUGAUCAGGAGCUCAGGAGCCAAGCUUGAGCUAGAGGUAAAUAGAUGUUCGGGAGACGUCCUGUAGGGCAUGUCGGGGGAGCGUAAGCUUACAGAAGGAGGGUCCUUCCGACCUUUCUCAGACCUCACCCUACUCUUCCCCAGUUGCCCCCACGACCUCCUGAAACAGAAGCUCCCAUAAUUUCAGGCUCUAUCAAGCUUCCAGUAGAGAAGGUUCUUUUACCCGCUCCAUUUUUUUUACCCUUAACACUGGGGGAAGCCUGCUGUCACCCAGUGAUGGGCCAGCGACGAAACUGAACGUCUGAAUUAACAGCGCGGAGCGGCCUGGGGUCUGGGCUGGAGGUCGCUGUUCCAAACCUGGGCGGGGCCGCGGCUGCGCCUCCAGCGCGGCGGGCGCGGGGACCCGGCGGGGAAGCCGGGCCGCCGCGCCUCUGGGGCCGGGCGCCAAGCUCUGGGGAACGCCGCCUCCGGGAUGGUGGCAGCGCCUCCUCGGGCGCCUGUAGCCGCCGCGGCCAUGUUGGCUGAGGGCUCGAAGACAAAGCCACCUGGAGACACCGGGGCGGCGUCAUCUGGGCACGAUGGCGCGGGAGGGAAGUUCGUGGGGCCGCGUUGCCGCCAUCUCUUAGGAAGGCAUCUUCCAGUUCUGGUUCUCGGUGCACCUUCAGCCACCCGCUCUUAGUGUUCAGCCACCCCCGUGGGCCCUCGAGGGGCCGUUCCUGGUCUCCCGGCCUCACGACGGCGCCCCGACCCUCGGGCCCGGCCAGGGAGCGUUCUUGAUCGCGGAGGCUCCGCGGACCCCGGCGGGUAGGGGUGGCGCUGGCCCGCCGCCGGGGUGGCACUUACGAUGGCGCCGCCCCCGGCCCCGCUCCCCGCGCGGGAAGCUAACGGGGCCGGGCGCCAGGGGGGAAAACCCGAGCCCCUGAGCUUCGCGGACGUGGCCGUGUACUUCUCCCCGGAGGAGUGGGGGUGUCUGCGGCCCGCGCAGAGGGCCCUGUACCGGGACGUGAUGCGAGAGACCUACGGCCACCUGGGCGCGCUCGGCUUCCGAGGCACCAAGCCAGCCCUCAUCUCCUGGGUGGAGGAAGAGGCCGAACUGUGGGGUCCAGAUGCCCGGGAUCCUGAGACGGGAGAGUGUCUUAGAGAAGCAGACACAGCAGGUUCCAGAGACAAGGAAGAGAAAGGACAAAGAGAAGGGACCGAGGCACUGGGGAAGAUCCUUUCUGUGGACGCUCAGCCUCCCGGGCUGAUGGCUCUCAAACCCUUUUCUGCUGGGUUUUCUUAUGGUUGGGAGCAGCCAUCGAAGGUGCCUCGCCGGGGUCGCCCACCACUCUGUGCCCAUCCCCCGGUCCCCAGGGCAGACCAGAGGCACGGUUGCUACAUGUGCGGGAAGAGUUUCGCUUGGCGCUCCACCCUGGUGGAGCAUCUGUACACCCACACGGGCGAGAAGCCCUUCAGUUGCCCUGACUGUGGCAAGGGCUUCAGCCAGGCCUCCUCUCUGAGCAAGCACCGGGCCAUCCACCGAGGGGAGCGGCCCCACCGCUGCCCGGACUGUGGCCGGGCCUUCACCCAGCGUUCCGCCCUCACCACCCACCUCCGGGUCCACACGGGCGAGAAGCCCUACAGCUGUGCUGACUGCGGCCGCUGCUUCAGCCAGAGCUCCGCCCUCUACCAGCACCAGCGGGUCCACAGCGGCGAGACCCCAUUCCCGUGCCCAGACUGUGGCCGCGCCUUCGCCCACGCCUCAGACCUCCGGCGCCACGUGCGCACCCACACGGGCGAGAAGCCCUAUCCGUGCCCAGAUUGCGGGCGCUGCUUCCGGCAGAGCUCCGAGAUGGCGGCCCACCGGCGCACCCACAGCGGCGAGCGCCCUUACGCCUGUCCGCAAUGCGGCAGGUGCUUUGGCCAGAAGUCAGCCAUGGCCAAGCACCAGUGGGUCCAUCGGCCCGGGGCGGGGCGGCGCAGGGGCCGGGGUGCCAGUGGGUUGCCUGUGACCCUGGCCUCUGGCCGAGGGGACCUGGACCCACCCGUGGGCUUCCAGCACUACCCAGAGAUAUUCCAGGAGUGUGGGUGAUGGCCUCAACGGUGACAAGGCAAAGGGUGAAGAUCUAGACAUUGUCUGAGGCCCAGGGUGGCCUCAGGGGCCUGAAACUCCGGCAGCUCCGGGGAGGCCACAGAAGUCCCAGCCAGAGCUGGACCUGGGGGAGGAGGACUGUUUCAUCUUAGGCCCCUGGGGGAGGAGGACUGUUUCAUCUUAGGCCCCUGGGGGAGGAGGACUGUUUCAUCUUAGGCCCCUGGGGGAGGAGGACUGUUUCAUCUUAGGCCCCUGGGGGAGGAGGACUGUUUCAUCUUAGGCCCCUGGGGGAGGAGGACUGUUUCAUCUUAGGCCCUCACGAGCUUCAUCUGCUGAUACCUUGUUCCCUAAUGUCCCAGACUCUAGAAGCCCCCUUUGCUGAGUUAGGGCUGAGGUUAGAACCCCCACUAGACUUCCACUGUGGGGAAGAAAAGGCUGUUUCUAAGAGGAUUGAGGUGGAGAACUUUGUUUUACCCAGUGACUACUGCAAAAGUUAAAAACUGAUGGCCGGGUACUGAAUGUGGUCACAUUCAGGACUGAAUGUGGUCUGUAGCAGCCUUUUAAAAUAUAUAUAGUUUUUAGCCCAGCCAGCAUUUUUAAAUGUUAUGAAUUAUUGGUUAAGAUUUAAAAACGAGGAUAUUUCACACAAAAAACCAGGUUUCUGGCCUCUCUUGAAAAAUCCGAAGAUUUGGCAACUCCACCUGAGCUCCCACAAAACCACAAUUGGUGGGAGCUGAGGGGCAGUUGCCCCUUUGGAUGGAGACCAGGCUCUCCAGUUCAGCAUGCCCGCCACUCCUUAUCACCUCCUGACCAGUGUCAGCUGGCACUCAUCAUGGCUCGCCAACAUCUCCGGCAAAGCAGGCCCUCUCCAUCUGGCAUUUUUCUACUCAUUUACAUGACCUGUUGGGUUCCUGUAGUCAUUUGAGUUUGCAAACUGUAGUCUACAGCAUUCAAUUGUUCUUGAAUCAGGGAUUCAGGUAGAGAGCAUAUUUGUGAAAGGGUGGCAGGAGAGAAGUAAAAGGAGGCUUUAUGUUAGAUCUUGGCUCAUACUGCAUUUUAUGGUUUACAAAGUACUGUCUUGUCCAUCAACUCAUUUCACCCUCAUAAUUGCCUAUGGAAGGAAGCAUCUUGCUUGGAGAGGACAGCCUAUCAGGAAGAGGCAGUCAGGACUGAAUUUUUUGCCCCAAAUGGAGUGGUGUCUCCACCUCAGCACCACGCAGCUGACCUGCACUUCCUGUUUUUGAAGGGGAGGGGCCUGAGAGACCCCUCUAGUACUCCUUGGGCCUCCCUGGGAGAGCCCUAUGGCUCAGGCUUUGCUAUUCUAGGCCCAGCCAGGAGGGCCUCAUCACAUUUCUGAACUGGAAGAGAUCUUAGCUUUUCCAUCCUUUUGCAUUUGGGGACACUGAGACUGGGGAAAGCUGAGCAACCUGUCCAAGGUCACACACGGAGUGAGAUGCUAGGAUUCUUUGUUUCCUGCUGUCUUUACCAUACCACUCUUGAGUUCCUUGCCAGUGUCUCAGCCAGGGUUCUGGAAGCAUCUUCCCACUCCCUGAGAUGACACCCAGCACUGACCUAGACUAGGGACAGAGCAGCACAGUGUUAGUGAAGCCCAGGUACAAGAUGAGUGACAAAACAGCCACAUAGCCAACAGGGCAAGGGAGAAACCAGCCUUAGAUGAGAGUUCCAGGGCCAACAAAAUCAAAGCUUGCAUCUUCAUUCUCUUUAGGACUUCCAUCACCAACAAAGGGCGACAAGACCAGGAACAUUUGGGGUUAGUAGCCAGAGGGAACUGUACUAUUCUGUAUUCCCAAGCUCUGCAGAGAAUCCCUCCCCCAUCACCCUGUGACUCCAUCAUCCAUCUACCACUCAUUCCUUUGGUCAGAGUCCAGCCUUGUCCAGGUGAUGGAAGCAGCCAGCCAUGUGUAGACCCUUUCUUGCCUCUGGUCAGGAUGACCCUUCCCCUCAAGUAGGAGUAGCAAGGACUUAUGUCCUUGGUGGCCUGUGUGCACUUCCCUUCUGAGAACUCAGCCCUGUGUCUGGCCUUAGGAAGAAACCAGAUUUGUCAACCUAAAGAAACUUCUAAAGGAAGAGGUACAAAACUUGGGGAAAAGACACUGUUCAGGUAAAGUGAUGAACUGACUUGAUUCCAACCUAAUCUUCCAAUCUGACCCCACCAAGAUCUCUCUUAGACUAAACUUCACCAGGAGGAUUGGCUCAUAUGCCACCUGUCACAGGGGGAAUGUGGGAGUAAGGAGAGGCACCUUGGGAGUGAGGAGAGGCACCUUGGCAGUAGUAGCUACCUUUGUACCAGCUUUUAUUCCCCUAGAGAAGCCAGUGUCCAACCCAUCCUUCCCCCUGCCCCUCAGCACUGCCUGGGGAAAGCGCAGCCUGCAAUACCACUUCUCAGGUCAGCCUCAAAGCCAGAUCUGGACCCUGUCUGAGCUUGCCAAUUAAAGGUAUAAUUACUA